GAUCAAAUUCACAAUUCAAAGCAUCAUCAGGCAGCGCGCGCUCCAUUUCGCAAAUCUCCACAUCCAGAGCAGCAAGGAGUUCGCCGGAGAUGGCCGGAAGGAAGGGCGGCGACAGGAAGAAGGCGGUCACGCGGUCCGUCAAGGCCGGGCUCCAGUUCCCCGUCGGCCGCAUCGGCCGCUUCCUCAAGAAGGGCCGCUACGCGCAGCGCGUCGGCUCCGGCGCCCCCGUCUACCUCGCCGCCGUCCUCGAGUACCUCGCCGCCGAGGUCCUGGAGCUGGCCGGCAACGCGGCCAAGGACAACAAGAAGUCCCGCAUCGUGCCGCGCCACCUGCUGCUCGCCGUCCGCAACGACCAGGAGCUCGGCAAGCUGCUCGCCGGCGUCACCAUCGCACACGGCGGCGUGCUGCCCAACAUCAACUCCGUCCUGCUCCCCAAGAAGGCCGCCGAGAAGGCUGCCCCCGCCGAGAAGUCGCCCAAGUCGCCCAAGAAGAAGGCCGCCCCCAAGAAGACCGCCUAAGUAGACUGGCCUAGCCUGCACCACAUAGGGAUGGAGCGAGCCAACGUGUCUUGUUGCCUAGUUCCGUAGGAUGGAGUUGUUUGGUUAGAUCUGAAAAUCUUGUGUAUGUAUUGUUGGGUCACUAGUCAGUGCCUUGUUGUGUUCUUGCCAAUGGAAGUUGGAAAUUGAAUGGAAUUGCCAAUUCAAUCUCCACCUUGUUUGAAA